GGUUAUCUGUCAGACGGGACGGAGCAAACAGUCCGGUCAGCAGCAGAACAAGAACAUCAUUUCACUUCAACACAAGAGAACCAAACUGAAUAAACAAAUCAGUCAAAAUAAAACAUUUCCAUCUGACGCAGCAAACAUGCAGUGGACUCUGCUUCUGCUGAUUUGGACGGGUCAAUGUUGUCCAGUGGUUUGUCAUCUUUAUCAGUUUCACUACAUUAAUGAGGAAAAGAACUGGACUGAAGCUCAGCAGUACUGCAGAGAGAAUCACACUGACCUGGUCACAGUGACUAACAUGACAGACAUGGAGAGACUCAACAAGAUCUUACCUGUGGAUUGGAGAGGAGCCUGGAUUGGUCUGUAUUAUCAAACAAACGGUACCAGAAAGUGGCACUGGUCUCUGCCUGGAGUGGAGUUCAAUGAAAGUGAGACAAACUGGAACACAGGAGAACCAAAUGAUGCAACUGGGUGUCAGAACUGUGGAAUCAUAUGGAAGAACCUGAAGUGGGGAGACCUGUCCUGUAAUGAUCCUCGAUAUUUUCUCUGCUAUGAUGACAGUAAUUCAUCCAAGAAAUAUCACUUGAUUCAAGAACAGAAAAAGUGGACAGAAGCUCAGAGUUUCUGCAGAGAGAAACACACAGACCUGAUCAGUGGAACGAAGCAACUAGAGGAUGAAGAAGUGAAGAAUGAAAUCAGCCAUGUGGGAGAUUAUACAUACAUUUUUACUGGCCUGUUCAGAGAGAAAUGGAGGUGGUCAGAUGGAAGCAGUUCCUCCUUCAGACGCUGGAAAAAAGGGUUUGACAAUCAGAUUGAGUACAGUGGUCAAUGUGCCAUGACUGUGACUGAUGAUGGAGGCAGAUGGAGGAAUGAGAACUGUAAUGAAAGAAAACCCUUCAUCUGUUAUGAUGAUAAAGUGAUCCUGAUCAAAGAGAAUAAAACCUGGGAGGAAGCUUUGACCUACUGCAGAGAUCAUCACCAUGACCUGGUCACCAUCACCAACAUGGAUGAUCAGAGAUGGAUCCAGGAGAAAGUCAAGAACGCAUCGACUGAUUAUGUCUGGACGGGUCUGAUCUACGCCUGCACUCUGGAUUUGUGGUUCUGGGUCAGUGAUGAGGUGGUCAGCUAUGAGAACUGGGCCAAAGGUGAACCGAUGGACGACUGUGACAUGUCUGGAGCCAUGGAGACGAGAGGAAAACAUCAGUGGUUUAAAAGAAAUGAUACAGAGAAGUUUAACUUCAUCUGUUCUAAGGAAAGGCCAACAGGAUAGUUGCCUUUAGCCAGUUGUCUUUUUUAAUCUAUUAAUUCUUUUUAAUUGUUUGAUUAUCCUGGACUUCAGGAAAGACUAAAUUUAAUGUUAAUUAAAAAACUUGUAUUUGCAUGUUGAAUAUCUACAUCAUCAAAAGACACAAAUGUAUCAGCUUAUGUCAAUAAAGAUGUAAAUAAACCAUAAAAGACCAAAAAAGAAAU